AUGACCCUUGUGCGAGUUGCGUCCACAGUGGUGCCGCUACCCAGCUUUCUGCAACUUGUCGUAGUGGUGGUUUGCCUUGUCGUUUCCGCUGAUGCUGCUGUUGGUGCUGGUUUUGGUGGCAGGGGCGUGAAAGGCAACGCCGUAGUGGGGCGAAGUGGCGGCAGGGGAUUGGCGGCGUCGAGUGGUAGAAAUGGAAGGGACGUUGUUGGUGGGGUACUGCACACACAGAAACGGGGUGCCACUGCGAAGCAAAGAGCGCGUCUUAUAGACCAAGUGCAUCUGCAGCGUCCCCACACCGGCACGGUGACGGUUCUCUCACUUCUACAGUCUCCUUAUCUGCCUGCGUAUGUGCUGAAUGCUAUUAACGCGGGGCUGAGCGCAUCGAUGUAUUCGCGUAACUCCACCACUCAAAGUGGGACGAAAAUCGAAAUUGUUAUGCCCACUGACGACUCUCUGACAGCACGUGACCACAUCGACUACGCCGCGAAAAAAAAUGACAAAAUACUUGCUGUCCUUGGCCCAGUAGGAGAUACAGAGACACUUCUGGCUAUUCCUUCCCUCAAACGGCAUAAUCUGGUUGCUAUAUCACCGUUAUCAGGGUCAAGCGAGGUGCGGCAGUGGAAUACACACCUCUACUUUCUCCGUCCGGAUCCUUCUGCUGAGCUGCUGACCCUCAUACGUUACGUUGUUACAUACCUGCGUGUGCGGCGACUAGGGUUCAUGUACCUGCAGAAUGUUUCGUUUGGCGAUGCUGAGUACGAACUUACUGAGAUUACGCUCUCUCGGAUGGGCUACACUCUGAGCGGUGUGUUCACUGUGGAGAGCUCUGUGGCUGGCUCUGCUGAAGAUGCCGCGUUCAGCGCUGCGUGGGAGACGUUCGCCGAUACUC